ACGGCGAGCUACGGGCGGCCAGGGGCUGGUGGCCGCCGCGCCUCGCCAGCGCACGGCUCGCCGGUGGCGGCGGGAGCGCACGGCCCGCCCCGCCCCGCCAUGUCGCUGAGCCCCAAGCACACGACGCCCUUCUCGGUCACCGACAUCCUCAGCCCCAUGGAGGAGAGCUACAAGAAGUUCGGCGGCAUGGACGGCGCGGCCGGGCUGGGCGCGCCGCUGGGGCCCUACCGGCAGCCGCCGGUGCCCGCCGCCGCCGCCGCCGCCGUCCCGCAGCACGUCGUGGCGGGCCCCGCCGGGGCGGCCGCCUACCACAUGCCGCACGGCGUGUCCCAGUUCCCGCACGGAGCCGUCGGGGGCUACUGCAACGGCGGCCUGGGCAACGUGGGCGAGCUGCCCGCCUACCCCGAGGGCAUGAGGAGCGGCGCAGCGGCGGGCGGCGGCUGGUACGGGGCCGGCGGCGACCCCCGGUACCCCGGCAUCUCCAGGUUCAUGGGCCCGUCGGCGGGGAUGAACGUGGCCGGGAUGGGCGGCCUGAGCGGCAUCGCCGAGGGCGCCAAGGCCAUCGUGCCGCUGCACGCGGCCCCGCGGAGGAAGAGGAGGGUGCUCUUCUCCCAGGCGCAGGUCUACGAGCUGGAGCGGCGCUUCAAGCAGCAGAAGUACCUGUCGGCGCCCGAGCGGGAGCACCUGGCCAGCCUCAUCCACCUGACGCCCACGCAGGUGAAGAUCUGGUUCCAGAACCACCGCUACAAGAUGAAGCGCCAGGCCAAGGACAAGGCGGCCGCCCAGCAGCUGCACCCCGACGGCGCCGGCGGCCUCUGCCAGCAGCACUCCCCGCGCCGCGUCGCCGUGCCCGUGUUGGUGAAGGACGGCAAGCCCUGCCCGCCGCCGGGCAGCGGCACCCCGGCCCCCGGGCAGCCCGCGCCCGCUCCCCCGGGCGGCUCCGGCGGGGCGCUGCCCGCCGCCGCCGCCCACCCGCACCCCGGCUCCCUGGGGCAGGCGGCCGACCUGGAGGAGCUCUCGCCCAGCCCGCCGGCGCUGCACGGCCAGGUGCCCCCCCUGGCCCCCAUGGACUCGGUCGGUGUCGACUACAGCGGCGGCAUGGUCAGCCCCAACCUGCUGUACGGCAGGACGUGGUAAUCGCCCCCGUGCCGCCCCCGGCGUGGACCCCGAGCCCCGCGCCCGGGCCCCGACGGCACCUCCGGGCCGCCGCCUCCCGAUCUCGUCCGCGCCUCCCGCCCCUACCUCCCGUCCCCCCCACCCCGGCCCCGUUCUUUUUUAGACGCUCUGGGGCUCGGCAGACUUGGGCUUCACCGGGAAGCGGGCGGCGGAGCGGGCACGGCCGGGGGUGUGCGCGGCGCUGUGCCCCGGCGGGGCGGCCCCGAUGUGGCGGGCGGGCGGGCGGCAGCAGGCGGCGAGGGGGCUCCGCGCCCCAGCUCCCGGCCCGGCCCCGCUCCGGCGGCCGAAGCAAACUGCGCCCGGGGGCCGGAGCCGCUGCGCUUAUACCUUACAGACCCAUUGACCGCCAACAAUAAAUCCUCUGAAGUGCAACUUAUCUCGGCAGAAUUAAUUUUAUAAGGGUGCCCCUGAAGUGCAAUUUCAUCGUGAUUUGAUUGAAGGUAAAUGGAAUCGGAACCCGAGGCCGAGGAGGCGGCGGGCGGUGCGAGCAGCCGCUGGCUUUGGAGGACGGGACGCGCCGGGCCGCGGCCGCUCGCAGCCCGGGGACAAAGCGCGGCGGGCCCGCAGCGGCGGGGGCGGAAAGCCUUGGGGCUUCGCUGCCCGGAUCGCGGGGGAGAAACUUUUCCUCGUUCUUAGGACGGCUCCGGAGCGGGGCGCGGGCGGGCCCCGCGCCUCCGUCGGGAGCCGGGGCCGCGGCGUCGCGGAGCCGCUGCGGGUCCCGGCCGGGCCCAGGCUGCCCGAGGGCACCCGAGGGGACGGGACCCGACGGGACGGGGCCGCGCCUGCCCCGCGGGCGCGCCGAGAAGCGCAGCUCGGAAGCUUCCGAUGGCUUCUCUUUUCCCUUAUUUUCUUUUUUUGUUUGUUUGUUUUCUUUUCCUUCCUCUUUUUUCCCUUUUAUAUUUUUUUUGUUCCUUUUUGCUUUCUCCUCCGUUUUUUUUUUCCUUGUUUUUCCUUUUUUUUUUUUUUUUACCUUCUUCUUUCUUUCUCUGCUCUCUCUCUCCUUUUACCAAUAAAAGGAAACGUUGUUCUGAGGAGUUCGCCGCUUCGUUCCCGGCGCCUGCCCGCGGCCCCCGCCGCCAGCUCUGCCCCUGCCGCCCGCUCCCGGCCCGCGGCCACCCCCGCUCCGCGCCGCACUCCCGAGCGCGGAGCGGCCCUGCCCCGGGCCCAGAGAGCCGCACGGGGUCGAUUCUGGGCCGGAGAAAACGGAUUUCGGGCCGGGGCAUCUCCGCCGGCGGCGGCGGCGCAGAGCCCAUCCGAAACCUGCUCCCGGGGCGCGGAGAGCCGGGCAGGGGGACCCCACCUCACCCCACCGCGGGCGCAUCCCACCCCCAUGGGGCUCCCUCGGCAUGGAGAGCCGGGGGCUGCAGCCCGGGUCCUUCCCCAGGGGCAGGGGCAUCCGCUCCUGUGACCAGCCUCGCUCCCGGCCGCCACCUUUGCACGAGCACUGGUGUUCGCCACCGGUUUUGUACCAUCCAAGAAGCAAAAUGUAUUUCUGAGACCUAAAGGUUUGCGCAAAAGGAGGCCGCUGUGAGCAUUUUACAGGUCCAUGCAAGACGGCAACUCUUUGCAUUACAAUGAAGGAUUCCACUCCACCUCAAUCACUUGAAAAUAAUGAAUCCAGUUUUGUGAUUUCUUCCUCCCAAGGUUACAGCAGUCUGGGCUUUUUCCUUGGUGCUGGUGAUCAACAUCUGGGACCACGGAGGAAGGGGCUGAAAACCACUCCAAGGAGACAGCUAAAGAAGCACCCUUUUAUUGCACCCCUGCGGGCAAAACUUCCACAUUUCCUGGUAGAUACGAUACGCGUGUUUAAUGAAAAAAGGUUAGGUGGCACAACCAAGA